AUGGCUCCCAAAGGAGGUCCCGGACCGGGUAAACGGAACCCAACAGUGCUCGUCACAGACUCUCGCGAUCAACAAUACCCCCGCCGCUCCAAUAUCCCCAGCAACCCUUCCUCUCGAUUCAUCACCGUCGACAACGUGCUACAGUAUGCCUCCGAUAUGCCGUCGAUGCAGCAACGGCUUCCUCCUGGCCGAGUCCGUCCCCGCGCUUCGAGAAUGGGAGGUGCCGGUGGGGCUAUGGCGAGUGCGGGUGCCAGGUUGAUGAGCGGGAAAGGAAGCGAUGCUCGACCUAGAUCGGCGGGACGGCUGGUAUCGCUACCGCAUCUUCCACCCCGAACGACCAAGGUCAGCGAGAAGCUUGUGCUGUUACCGGAGACCGUGUUGGAAGAGGAAGAAGAUGAAGAACUGCCGCCCGUGGUCGGUGAGGAUGUAGCGGUGAUUGGAGAGGGUGAGACCGCGGAACAAAGGUUGCGUCGGUUGAAUGCCGAGCGGAGGUUGCGGAGUCGAGAUUUUGCUGUUGAUAAUGAGCUUGGCCCGCUUCUGGCGGAGGAGGAGGCGCUGAUGAGUCGUCGGGUGGCGCCGGAGCAGGCGAAGAGUUAUGCGGAACGAUUACCCAAGGCUCGUCGGGCGGAGAGACUGCCUCGUGUGACUGCGUAUUGCACAGCACAGGGGUAUAAGAUGGCCUCCACGGCGGCCUUUGUGAAGGAAUGUCACGGGGCGAGGACGAAGUUAUAUGACGAUUGUUUGUAUACGGCAUAUCAUUUACCUCUGUUACCUGGAAGAGAUGGAUACCGAAUCAGAAGCAGUCCGAUAAUCAGGAGCGCGGAGGGGAAAGUUGUCUUGGAUGAGGAAAUUGCGAGAAAUGAACAGCGGGACUACCACGAGGAGUACUAUGCGGAGCAAGACGAGCACUCUGUAAAGGACCACGGUUCUGAGGGUAAUCGUCACCCGGAAGGCGAUGAGCAUCACCAGAAAUUGGAGCACGAACAUUAUGGCCAUUCCCCCGGUCCCGACCAAUCUUACGACUACUAUAAAAUCGAAAACGAGCCCGCCGAACAUCAUUCUACUGAAGAUCUGCCGGCAGCUGUCAAAACGCCAAAUAUCCCACCAGAUGCACUCUCCUUCGCGGAGAUGUUUGUAUUUAGUUACGGAGUCGUCGUGUUUUGGAACUUCUCAGAGAGGCAGGAGAUAGAUGUCCUGGCAGAUCUAGCCUUUGCAUCCAGCAAAGACGGAAUUCCGAUUCCUUUAGCUACCAACCCGCUGCCCGAGGAGGACUUUGAAACGGAAGAGUUUCAUUUUGAGUACUCGACGCAGAUAUCCCGUCCUCGUGUGUAUAAUGACAUGAUCACGUUGAGAAGCGGAGACCAUAUGAUCAAGUUAUCGAUCAGCCAUGGGAUUGCGCAAAGCACGAAGCUGAGCUUCUUUGAGGAAGUGAUGGCAAAGCAAAUGGCCGCGGCUAAAGAUGUGCCGCGACGCCUCGCUUUGACUGGACAUCUGGGUAUGCAGAGGGAAGAAGUCUUCCAGAUUAUGGGAAGAUUGUUCAAGAGCCGGGUUGAAGUGAAUUUAUCUUCAAACAUGCUUGAUGUUCCCAAUUUCUUCUGGGACAGCGAGCCGACCCUCCAUCCGCUUUACAUUGCCGUCCGGGAGUAUCUCGAGAUAAAACCUCGCAUCCAAGUUUUAAAUGAGCGGUGCCGGGUGUUUCUGGAUUUGAUUGAGAUUUUGUCGGAUUCAAUUGCUGACAAUAAAAUGUCUCGACAAACGUGGAUAAUCAUCGUUUUGAUUUUCAUAUCUAUCAUUGUCACGAUAUCAGAGGUUAUCCUGCGUUUUGGCAUCCUUUCUGCCCGUCUCCCUUCCGAUGCUGCAAAGUCGGCGAAAUUGGUGGCUGCAUCGCACAGCAACGAGAUCAAGAGCCUCCUUUGA